ACCACCCACCUGUUUUGUUUUGUGCACACUGAUUACUUGGCACCCUCUGUAUUUGCUUCUUCCAAUCCUAUGGAGUAUUUAUAAGAGCUUCCCUUUUGCUCUAUAAAUCAUCAAAACAAAAUAGCAAUAUCUAAAAUCAUCAAAACAAAAUAGCAAUUUCUGAAAUCACCAAUCACACAGAUCGCAUCCAAUACAAUCACAGCCGGCAAUUCAAUAUAAAGUCAGAAGAAAGGAAGAAUGAGCUUAGGAAGCAGCAGCAGAAGGUGGAUCGUGGCGGCGAGCGUGGGGACGGUGGAGGCCCUGAAGGACCAAGGCUUCGCCAGAUGGAACUACGCUUUCAGACUGCUCCACCAGCAUGCCAAAUCCAACCUCCGCUCCUACUCCCAGCACGCCACCAGGCUGCCUUCUCCCUCCGCCGUCUCCGCCAAGCUGCGAGACGAGCAAUUGAAGCGCUCCGAGGAGUCUCUGAGGACCGUCAUGUAUUUGAGCUGUUGGGGACCUAAUAAUUGAUUUGAGUCUCCUUUGAUUCCCCCUUUCUUUUUUUUUAAUCUCACUCUCUAUGUAUAUAUAUGGGAAUUGCAAUUUGAAGUGGUCAAUUCAGCGUGUCUUCCUUCAUCUCGGCUUUUUCUUCGCAUCUGUAGCCAAUUAAUUGUGUUAACGCUCAGUAUGUCACAAGAAAUGCUAGCUCUAGAGUCGAUUUAUUAGGAGAUCCCCAGCGGCUCUCCCUCUCCGAACCUUUUUUUCUCCACUUUUCUUCCCCAAUUUGUUUUAGGGAAAACAUUUGAAGUUUCCACAUCAGAGUAUGUAAUUGAAAUAUAACAGCUUCAAAUUU